AUGCCUAACCCUCCCCAGGUGAGUAACUACGUGGGCGUGGCCCGGGUGGAGGUGCAGCUGGUGUCCCACACGGAGCCCCCCCGGGCCCACGCCCACAGCCUGGUGGGCCGCCACUGCACCGAGAGCGGCACCUGCACGCUGGACAUCGGGCCCACGGACCUCACCGCCUCAUUCAGUAACCUGGGGAUCCUCCACGUCACCAAGAAAGGUGUGGUGGAGGUCCUGAGCCGGAGACUCAGGGACGAGAGGACGAGGCAGAAAGGAGCUGACCACCCCCUCUCAGACUCUGAGGAGACCUCCAUGGGGAAGGAGGCCAAGGAGCUGGUCGAUGGUACCUCCAGGGGGAGGGCUUCACCGAGGGCUCAACCCCAUCUCGUGAGGCGGGUUCAGUGCAGCGGGGCUGUCGGUACGAGGUCCGGGGGUCCAGGUGGUCACAAUUCAGGAAGGCAGUGGCUCAUUGGCGUCGCCGACUUCUCCCGACCUGGUCUCGGAUAG